AUGCCGUCUUUCUUCGCUCCCGGCCUCCAGGGCCUUCCUCCUACUCCUCCCCAUAUCUUGAGCGGUGGCAGGAUGGAGCACGAUCAACCCUUCUACCUCCUCGGUCCCUCGGCCGCAUUCCCGCCUCGCUACCCCCAGAACGGCUGUGAUUUCAUCGAGCAGUACUCCCAGUCGGCCUGCUACUCCAAGCCCAUGAAUUCGCAGUCCGCUCUGGGUGUCCGCAAUGGCAGGGAUAUGGUCGCCGCCCACUCCGCGCUCAACCAGCCCAUGUUCGGUCCCCUGGGUACCGCCAAUGUCUUGCCUCCCAUCCGCAACAACGUUCAGUUGCCCCCGAUGGAGAGUGCCAUCCCGCCCCAGUACCGACGACAAGAGAUGAUGGUGCAGCCCGAACCCCAGCGCAAGGAGGAAAAGGCCACUGGAGGUGUCGCCGCCCAUUUGGAUUAUGAGAUGGACCAGAUGUCCGACUUUGUGGCUGAGAUGGCCCAGGGAAUGUAUGCUUUGUACAUCACCAAGAUCAACCUAGCAGAUAUUGACUUAGCGCGAAGCGUCUACCCAGGAUCGUCGGUCCCGCCUCAGUUCCGGAAAUACGUUUACCAGAUCUUGUCAUCCACUCGUCUCCCGAGCUCCACCAUCCUUCUGGGACUCUACUACCUAGCCAGCAGGAUGCGCAUGCUUUCUUCCACCAAGGUGUUCCACACCGGCAGUGGCCAGGUUUACCGCAUGCUCACCGUGGCCCUCCUUCUGGGAAGCAAGUUCUUGGACGACAACACCUUCCAGAACAAGUCGUGGGCCGAAGUCAGCAACAUCCCUGUGAGCGAGCUGAACUCGAUGGAGCUCGAAUGGCUCUUUGCCUUUGAGUGGAAGAUUCACGACCGGAUCUACGAUCAACAAGAUGGCUUUGCGUCAUGGUUGUCCCACUGGGAAACCUGGCGUACCAAGACCGUUGCCCGGGCGCAAGAAUCCCGCCAUGCAUUGGCUCCCAUCGACACGAAUGUCUCUCGCAGCCACCGCGUGUCGAAGCCUUUGCUCUCGCCCGAAGGACCGAUCCCGCCCCAGUACCAGCGCAGUACCAGCUAUGAAACCUCGUGGCUCAACCCUGCCGCGUCGGAGUAUUCGCCGCCCUCUGCACCUCACACGGGACCGAACACUCCGGACUACUACGCAGCUGGGCCGUGGUACACGCAGCCUCCCCCGCCGUACUCGCGUACCUGGGUUCCUCCGCCCCAGCAGUACAUUCCACCGGCCCCUCGCUCCCAGCCUCCGUCCUACCACCACACCCCCGCAUAUGCGCUACCUUUCGCGCAGAGCGUCUGGACGGGCCACGGGUCAUCCUGUGGUUGCCUGUAUUGUGCCAAGCAUAUGGAGCACUACAUGUGUGCGAAUCCGUUUGGCUCGAUGCAACCGAUCGUGGCUGGCUAG